CAGAAGUAGAGAAUGCAUGGAGAGGAAGACAGGAAGGGGCACGGGCCCCAAGACUCCAAGAGCAGUCCGGCGCCCGAAGACAAUCCAAACUUUAUGGUGUACAGAAAGAUGGAAAACAUCGUGGAACGCAUGCAGGAUGAAUGCCAGGGUGUUCCGGUCAGAACCGUCAAGAGCUUCAUGUCCAAAAUACCGUCUGUGUUCACAGGUUCAGAUCUGAUUGCUUGGAUAAUGAAACAUCUAGAAAUCGAAGAUCAGACGGAGGCUCUCCAUCUCGCCCACUUAAUGUCAGCGCAUGGCUAUUUCUUCCCAAUAGACGAUCACCUACUGACAGUCAAGGCUGAUGGAACAUUUUACAGGUUCCAAACGCCGUAUUUCUGGCCUUCUAAUUGCUGGGAACCAGAGAAUACAGAUUAUGCCGUCUACUUGUGCAAGAGGACCAUGCAAAAUAAGACUCGCCUGGAACUGGUCGAUUACGAAGCCGAAAAUUUAGCAAGGCUGCAGAAGAUGUUUUCAAGGAAAUGGGAAUUCAUAUUCAUGCAGGCGGAAGCUCAGGCCAAAGUGGACAAAAAGCGAGAUAAAUUUGAAAGAAAAGUGUUAGAUAGUCAAGAGAGAGCUUUCUGGGACGUUCAUCGACCAGUGCCUGGCUGCGUCAACACAACAGAAAUUGACCUCAAAAAGGCAUUCAAAGUGAAUUUAUUACCUCGAUACACAAAGGUAACAGAGAUUCAAGCGCAGAUAGAGAGUGCGGAAAAACAGAUUCGUAUGAUUCAGAAAAAGAUUGACAGGGGUAAUGUCAAGACUUCUAAAGUGUGUGAGUCGUACAUAAACUAUUUCGAACAGUAUCAGGAAUACGAUCCAUUUUUGGUGCCACCUGAGUAUUCGAAUCCGUGGAUUUCGGACAGCACGGAGUAUUGGGAGAUGGAAAAACAAACCAAAGAAGUAUCCGCCCGACGGGUCAAGCGGUGGGCAUUCUCCCUGCAGGAACUACUUCGGGAUCCUGCAGGUAGACAGCAGUUCUACCAAUUCCUGGAGAAAGAAUUUAGUGCAGAGAAUCUAAAGUUUUACGAAGAAGUACAAAAACUGAAACAAAUUAAUGCCUGUGAAGUUGACGUUAAAGUUCAGGAUAUCUGGAAUGAAUUCUUGGAAGCCGAUGCCAACACUCCAGUUAACAUUGAUUCUCACUGCUACGAUGUCACGAAAAAGAACGUGGAACGACCAGAUAGAUGGGCGUUCGAUGCCGCUGCGUCUCAUUUGUACCUGUUGAUGAAAAACGACAGCUAUGCCCGGUAUCUUCGGUCUGAUCUCUACAAGGAAUACCUGAACGGGACGAAGAAAAAGAGUAAACUCUUUAUACCAAAGUUACCAAGUUUAAGCAUAGGAUCUUCGUGAUUGCUUUUUUCUUGACACACCAAACGGUUGUUGACUCAAACGAAAAGAAAAUCAGUUGGAAUUUCGUUUGA